AUGGCGGGUGGGUCUUCUAUGAUGGUGCUAGUUAUAUUGGUCAUGGCUAUGAACAAUGCAAGUUUGUUAGUGAAUGCAAUUUCUUGUCAAGAUGCCAUAGCGCGAAUGUUGCCCUGCCAAGCAUUCUUGAUGGGAGUUGGCCAGAUUAGCGUUCCAUGUUGCCAGAGUGCUCAAAGUUUGAUCAAAAUAGCUAACACGAACCCUCAAGAACGAACAAUGGUUUGCCAAUGCUUAAAGCAAGCUGCAACUAUCGUAGGGAUAAAUGUUGCCCGGGCUCAGCAGAUUCCCCAGCUUUGUCAUAUAGAUCUUGCUACUAGUCCAAUCAACCUUAACGUCGAUUGCAACAAGUUAGACACUCCAACCCCACAAAACUCACCACAGAAUGAAGCAGAAAAAAUGAAGCCAAAUAAAAUUUGGGGUCCGAUUAUUGCUCCACCUCCAACUCGUCUCCCUUGGGAUCCCAUAGUUAUUCCAACUCCGGCUUAUUCACCACAGAAUUAA